UUUGAGCCAGUGACACGCGCCGUCAGUGUCUGUCUAACCUAGAUAAAUAGUUCAGAUACACGGACUAACAAGUGCUACAUUUUGUUUUGCUCAUAGAGUGCUGGAUAAGUCUAUUGUUCAUUUUCCUCUGUGGUGUAGUGUGCUAGAAUACACUGUGUAGGAUUGGAUACUUCUAUUAGGUGAACAUAUAAUUCAUAGUGGUGGAAUACAAAGCACAUACUAGUUCUAUUGGAUUCUCUAGAGCUUACAAUAGAUCGACACAGAGUAAGACAAUAGUCUAAAGGAACUGUGUCUCGUUAUUUCCUCCCCUUACUUCGCGUAGGAAGUCUCCUUUUGGAGUGAGUACAUCUACAGAGUGCAUGUUUCUUUGGUUUUCUAAACGACAGACUCAAGUCCUGAGUGGAUUAACCCUUCUCCUAUUUUCAAUCAUCUUUCCAUUGCUGUUAGCAUAGCUAGUAGCAUUGGGAGCAAUGAAAACUUGAGGAUAUAAGGUGGAUACAGAGCCUGCCAGAGACAGACGCCAUUCCUGUGACGUCAGAAGUGACGCUUGAGGAGCUACAAUGAGCUGUGCCACGGCCCAACAUCCAGUUGUUCUAGACAACAUAGUUUCAAUAAAUAACAAGAAACAAUUGGUGGAAGACUUGACUAGAAUAAGUGGGCCAGUUGAAUGGUCAUGCGAUACUCAAUCAGGAUCUGGUCUAGAAGAGGUUAAAAGUCAACUAGUCUCAUAUUCGGAGCAUUGCUGUCAAGUCGGUCAAGGUGAAGAUCGGUCACAGGGGUCAGCCAGUCUGGAGUCCAACCUGAGCGACCAUGAUGACGAGGACAGCGAAACAGAGAGCGCCAUCGCAACGAACUCGGCCAUGACCUUGCUGACCCCGGAGGAUAAUCAAGGUGGUGGAGACGAUAGCUCAGCUACAGCCGCCGUAGACUCCGACGACGACGAACUGAACUCAUCUAUCAAUCUAGACACUCUAGGAUCGAACAUUCUCUCCGAGGACAUUUCCCCUCCGUUACCGGAUAUCGAUAAUCCAGUUCCCUGCUUGAAACCAGUUCUCGAUAGCCAGGAUAUCCUGUCUGGACUAGAAAGAGAGAAGAGAUCCCCAAGCAGAUUCUCUGUGGAUGUAGAGUGCGAGUCCAUCGUCUCGGACUACUCUGAACUUGGCGGCCCACUCAAAGACAUUGAACGUGACGUGAACUUCGUGGACAAGGAUUUCCUCAGAACUGACGACGUCUUUGCAGUUCCGGUUCUGAGCUCGGCCUUCUGGGAACAAGAGGAACUGGAAAAAAGGGACGGCGAGACGGAGGAGGAUUUCGAGAGGCGAGUCCGAAAGGUCAACCUACUGAGCCUGGCUCAGGAGUUUGCCGAAUUAAAGAAGGUCGACUCUCAAGCGUGUGCGAUAAACUUUCACAAGAACCAGAGCGUGAGGAACUUGGCUCGAGGUGUCAGCCCGUUGAAUUCUAGAGGACAAUCUCUCGAGAGAGUUGGCAGGAGGACAGCGUCCAAAAGCCCCUUGCGCUGUAUUGGGAGGAGGUUAUCAAAAGAGCUUCCAGGGGAGGCUAGCAUGAACAAAACCUGUGCCGAGAACACACAUAACACCUCUUUGGAUUUACACGCUAAUUUACAAGGGAAGCCACUCGCCAACAUGGUCGUGCCCAAAGCAGACGAUCUUCCUGUGAACGAAGCCAGAAGGAGGGAUUCAAACUCGGACCUACCUGCCAACAUGCGCCCGGAUAGGUGCGCCAACUCCCCGAACCUCGGCCGCAGUGCAAAAAUGUCGGCCAGUAACAGAUCCAGGGAUGGAUCUGGAAGUAGAGUGGGGGUGGCUAAGAACCAGCAGACUCAGCAGAGCUCGGAUUGUGAGGGGGACUUUGAAGUAUACAACAUUGAGACCACGCUGCCACAGAUGAACUGGGAGCUACUGGAGAAACAACUACAAGCUGCAGCAGAGGAAGAGAAGCAGAGGCUAGAGUCUUGCAAGAAUGAAAGAGAAGAGAUCAGAAAGAGGCUGGCGAUGUCAACCGAAGAUGACAUCAGUUUUGGUGCUGAUGAGGACAGCAAUGAAACUUUGGAAACUUUAUCUCCAAGAAAACAAAGGCUACAGGCACGCCUCCAAGGGGCGCCCAGUGGGAUGCAGAUUUGCUUUAUGAAUGAUGAUGUCCCGGAUGACGACGACGAAGAUGAGCUUGAGAACAGUGCCAGUAACGAUCAAGAUGAUGAGGAACUCGGAAAGAUUAAAUCUGAGUCUGCUAUCCCGCCACCAAACCAUCCAUGUUUCCCUGGAGAAAUCCAAGCUUUUACCAACAGACAAACUCAACUUCAGUCAGAAGCCACACUGGCGCUUGCUCAGGCUUCCACAAUGGCCAGAAUGCAACUGGAGGUAGAAAAACAAGGCAAGAAGAAGUCACCAAUAGCUGAUAUGGUGGGCAUUCCAACUCUUGGUCAAGGGCGUAGGCUUCGUCUCACGAGAAGCAAACUAGUGGAGAUGAAUAUUGCUCAACUACAAGUCCUCGUCAAUGAUCUUCACUCUCAAAUAGAAUUGUUAAAUGAAGAUUUGGUUCAUUUAUUGAUAGAAAGAGAUGAUCUUCACAUGGAACAAGACUCAAUGUUAGUGGAUAUUGAAGAUUUAACCAGUCAUUGUCAUGACCCUAAAGCUACAAAUAACAACAAAAGUACUCAAAAUAAUAAUCGACCAGCCAAUAGAAGAGAUCGACACAAAUGAUGCCAACUUAGCAUGCCCACAAUAGAUGUAAUAUAAAUGAAUGUUUUAGCAGCUGGCCUGAGGAGCAGUCUUUUCUUUGUUGUAUUUAUUUUGACUAAAUAUAGAGCCUUUGUUGGUUUGAAAAGUCUGUUCAUUGAUUGACCAAUUCAGUCCUUGAGUCAAGUUGAUCAAAUAAAGCUUGCACUUUAAGAGAAAUUAAUCAGACAAAGUCAAAAAAAGUUGAAUGCUCUUCAAAAAUUUGUCUACAUAGAAAAAAUAUCAAAAUUCUAAAGUGAAUAAUUGGAAUGAGUUGAUCAAUUUGGAAAAAUGGAUCAAAGUGAAGCUGGUAAAAAUGGAUUUGGCCAAAAAUAAGAAAAAGGAUUGAUCGAAAUUGAGAAAAGGUGACAGUCAUGAAUGUCUGUCAGUUAACGUGAACAUUUCAUGACAUAAAAUUGAAGAAAGUUAGUCAAUGCUGGAAAAAGUUGGAUGCUGUGAAUGUUUUGUCGAAGUUGUCAAAAUUAAUACUCACUCCAUUUGUAUCACAAUUCUAUUUGAUUCAUUUGUUUCAUAUUAUUUAUAAUCAUUUUUUUUAUUCUAAUUAAAUCUGUUUAAAAAUGUAUGUUUGAUCUAGUUCAUAAUUAGAAGUUGUGAUAUUAUUUAACAAAGCUGAUGAGAAUGAAUUUUUAUGGACACCCAUACCUACACAAUGUGUACAAUCUAUGUGUUAUGCAGCUCUGUACUUAAUAUUUGCUUUCAACUUUUUUUUUGUUGAUAUAUAAAAUGUUGUUUUUUUUAUUCAAAACCCUUAGAACUUGAACAUGUGUGAUUACUUUAUGAUAAACUUGCUGUUGGGCUUCAGUGGCCAUAAGUGACAUGAUUACGUGUAAUUUGAUAGUUCCUGUUCUUAGCUUAAGCCAUUUCUUAAAUGUUAUUUUAAUAUUUUCAUCAUUUAGAUUAUCAUUUUGUUUGUAAUGCAAUAAGAUGCUUUUUUUUAAAACAAAAGCAAUAACAAUGUUGUAAUCAAGUGAGGGUUUAUCAUGUCUCAUAAUAUGAUACAAGCUUUAUGUAAUAUAUAAAGUUGUAAUUUAUCAUCAUUAUUUUUUAAAAAAUAUUUUUGAAAAUAGUUUUUUUUUUGUUUUUCAAUUUCUUUUAUGUAUUUGGUAUAGGGUAGUAUUUUAACAAUGUCCCUUUAAAAAAACAACAUUUUUUUUAAUCUGGCAUGGUGUUCUUUAUCAUCCUAGCUCAUGUCUCCUGACGUUAAUUGAACUUGGAACAUGAGGAAAUACAAACUACUCAUGAUUUUUUCUAGAAUUCUUGUCUCCUAUUUAUAGAUACAGUUCAUGGCAUAGACUAAAUAUAUUGGCUUGUGUUUCAAGCUCAAUCACAGGGAAAUCAAAACUCUACAUUGAAGGGAGUGUGCAAUGUAUUAUUUGAUUAUUGUUUUUCUUUAAACCUGUUUGGCAUACUCUUACGAUUGAAUGGCUGGAAAAUGUGACAAUUUUCUUCAAUGUGCAAUUUUCCAUUUUUUUUUAAGUAGCUUUUCUGUUUGUCAUCUUAUGUUUAUAACUAUGUCAUUACACUAGUGACAACAUUGGAAAUCCAUUUCAUUUUAAUAUUUUAUCUAAUUUUUUAAAAGAAUAAGCUUGUAUUUUAAAUGUAGACUAUAAUAACUUAGCAACUGUAAAAUUGUGUUUUUGAAAAGAGUAGAUUGAGUGAGGCCUAAAAAAAAAACCUUACAUGUUAUCUAGGUCAUGUUUUUAUUGCGUGUGCUUCAUGAAGAUAUGAUAAUGACAGAAAUUUUUAGUGUUUGAAAAACACAAAAACCUACAGACACAAGUCAAGCAGGUAUUAUCUUCUUUCUUCACAACAGACUAAAGAAAUAAUACCUUUUUCUCUUUCUAUCAAAUCCAAAGAUCAGGGAAAUUCUUUGGCAGUUGCAUGGGUAAGAGAAGUCCUUUUGUGAUCUAGUCAUUCCUAAAUAUAAAAUAGCCUGCAGUUGCUUUUUAUAUAGCAAAAUGUUUGUGUGCGUCAUGUUCUGAAAGGCUCAUUGAUGUGUAUAUAGCCAACAAUAAACUAGUGUAUGUACCAUUAGCAUAUUGUUGUAUUGUGUAUAUUGAAUAACUUGAAGCUCUUGUAAAAAUAUAUAUAUAUAACCUGUGUAAACGUUUUCAAACAAAGAAUUUAGCUUUUUAAAAAAAAACAAGGCUGAUUUUCUGGUAUUUUAUAAGCAACAAAUUUAUAAAAAUCUACUGAAGUUGUAUCUUUUUCUCUUUGGUAUAAAAAAAAAUCAUAGGUGGAGCUUUGAGUCUUUUUAAAAAUAAUUAAUUAGCAAAGACUUUGUAAACAAUCAGAAAAUUAUUUAGUGUGUGCAGUAAACAGACAUUUCCUUUACAAUUCUUUUCUACUUUAAUAAUUGUACCUCAGUUCCUGUUUAAUAAAUUUGCAUAAUCUAUAUCUCAAGAAGUUGUUUUCAUUUUGUUAAGCCAAUUAUAUUUGAAUGAAUUUGCAUUAAAGUGCUCACAACUAUGAAAAAACAACCAUG